CGGAAAGAGGAAGAAGAAAAACUACGGAUCCAAGGAAACAACAUAACUUCCGGUUUGAUGUUGCCACGGGAGAUGAAGAAAAGCUAAAACUACCGUAGGGCAAAAUUCUAAAAAAGGAAUCCAUUAUUUAUAAUAUUGUUGGGUCAGUUUUCAUUAGGUGUGUGGCAGUAAAGGUUCGAACGUUAGUCGAGCUGCCACCCACGUUUACAGUAUAAUAGGGUUUAUAGCGUUGGUCCGCUGACUUACUAGUACAACUGCGAGCCUGCUAGCAGUAGAGGCUAACUUCUGUUUUAGGGAUGAAAUGUGAUUUUCUCUGUUAUGAUUACCGAUAGAACUGCGCUGUUCAAAUAAAUAGAGGGGUGUGACGGCAUCCCCACGAGGAGCACGAUGUUUAUUUACCUGAGCAAGAAGAUUGCUAUCCCAAACAACAUUCAUUUAAAAUGCGUUUCCUGGAACAAAGACCAAGGCUUUAUUGCCUGUGGAGGAGACGAUGGUCUUCUGAGAGUACUAAAGCUGGAAAGUCAGACAGAUGAUGUUAAACUUAGAGGACUUGCUGCACCCAGUAACCUGUCGAUGAACCAGACAUUGGAGGGACACAGUGGUUCAGUGCAGGUGGUAACAUGGAAUGAACAGUAUGAAAAGCUGACGACCAGCGACCAGAAUGGACUCAUCAUUGUAUGGAUGCUUUAUAAAGGUGCAUGGUACGAGGAGAUGAUAAACAACCGGAACAAGUCUGUUGUUAGGAGCAUGAGUUGGAACUCAGAUGGUCAAAAGAUCUGCAUCGUGUAUGAGGAUGGAGCCGUCAUAGUAGGAUCUGUAGAUGGUAAUCGUAUUUGGGGAAAGGAGCUUAAGGGAAACCAACUUGCACAUGUAGCAUGGUCACCUGACAGCAAGAUCCUCCUGUUUGGCAUGGCUAAUGGGGAAGUCCAAAUCUAUGACAAUCAGGGAAACUUCAUUAUGAAAAUGACCAUUAGCUGCCUGAGUAACACAACCGGGGCUGUCAGCAUAGCAGGUAUUCACUGGUACGCAGGAAGUGGAGGCUAUGUUGAGCCAGACUGCCCAUGUCUCGCUAUCUGUUUUGACAAUGGAAGAUGCCAGAUAAUGCGCUACCAGAAUGAUGAAAACCCAGUGUGCAUUGACACUAUGAUGAAUGUGGUGAGUAUCCAGUGGAAUCAUUGUGGCAGUGUCCUGGCCGUGACUGGUUCUCUCAGAUCUGCGAAUAUGGAGAAAGAGUUUAAUGUUGUGCAGUUCUAUACUCCAUUUGGAGAGCAUCUGAGAACUCUCAAAGUUCCUGGAAAGCACAUGACUGGAAUUGGCUGGGAGGGAGGAGGACUACGCAUUGGCCUCGCUGUGGAUUCCUACAUCUACUUUGCAAAUAUAAGACCGGACUACAAGUGGGGCUACUGUUGUAAUACAGUGGUGUAUGCCUACACAAAGCCAGAGCGUCAGGAGUAUUGUGUUGUUUUCUGGGACACUAGAAACAAUGACAAAUUCGUCAAAUAUGUCAAGAGCUUGAUGUCCAUAACAACAUCAGGCGACUUCUGUAUCCUGGCUAGUAAAGUGGAUGAAACCCAGCCUCAGGAAGAUGCUGAGUUAGAGUCUGGGAGUCAUCUAAGGGUAACGUACACAGAAGUACAAAAAUACGUGUUGAUUCUGUGCAACUCCAUUGGGACUCCUCUGGACUCAAAAUACAUUGAUAUUGAACCACUGUUUGUCACGGUGACCAAGACUCAUGUGAUCGCUGCAUCCAAAGAGGCUUUUUACCUAUGGCAGUACAGAGUGGCAAAGAAACUUACUGCCCUGGAGGUCAAUCAAGUCACCAAAAUAAAGAAGGAGGGAAGAGAGAGAGUGUAUCACAUUGACAGCAGUACGUUAGGAAGCAGUGACAGCAGUCCAGAUUUCGCAAAGGCUUUCACUGCAACACGAGAUCCCAUCUGCUCUAUAACCGCCUCAGAUAAGGUCCUGAUUGUGGGCCGUGAGUCUGGCAGCAUCCACCGAUACAGUCUUCCUAAUGUCGACCUUAUUCAGAAGUACACUUUGAACAACAGAGCCUAUUAUCUGUCUGUGAACUGCAAUUCCAGUCGUCUGGCGAUAAUCGACAUUGCAGGUGUACUGACGUUGUUGGAUCUGGAGGUUCGUGCCUCUUCAGACAACAGCUCUGAGAAGCAGUCAUCUGCAGGAGAUCCGUCUAAGUUUGAAAGGAAGGACGUGUGGGACAUGAAAUGGGCCAAUGACAACCCUGAUCUGUUUGCCAUGAUGGAGAAGACGAGAAUGUAUGUGUUUAGGAACUUAGAUCCAGAGGAGCCCAUCCAGACCUCUGGUUACAUUUGCAACUUUGAAGACCUGGAAAUCAAGUCUGUGUUGCUUGAUGAAAUCAUGAAGGACCCAGAGAGGCCCAACAAAGACAACCUCAUCAACUUUGAAAUUCGCUCACUGAGAGACAGCCGAGCGCUAAUUGAAAAGGUGGGGAUCGAAGAAGCCUCUCAGUUCAUCGAGGACAAUCCUCACCCGAGACUCUGGCGUCUACUGGCGGAGGCAGCUCUGCAGAAGCUGGAUCUAAAGACAGCAGAACAGGCCUUUGUCCGAUGUAAAGACUACCAGGGCAUUGAGUUUGUCAAACGGCUGGGAAACCUGCAGACUGAACCCAUGAAGCAGGCAGAGGUCGCAGCCUACUUCAGCAGGUUUGAGGAGGCUGAGCGCAUGUACCUGGAUAUGGAUCGAAGGGACCUUGCUAUCAGUCUGCGAAUCAAGCUGGGAGACUGGUUCAGAGUUCUUCAGCUUCUGAAGACUGGCUCUGGGGACAGCGACGAUGCUUUGCUGAAACAGGCGUACAAUGCAAUUGGAGACUACUUCGCUGACAGACAGAAGUGGGUAAAUGCAGUGCAGUACUACUUACAAGGUCAAAACCAGGAGAGGCUGGCAGAAUGUUACUACAUGUUAGAAGACUAUGAUGGUUUGGAGAAGCUGACCGCCAUAUUGCCAGAAACCCAUAAACUCCUGCCAGAGAUUGGUCAAAUGUUUGCCACCGUGGGCAUGUGUGAACAAGCUGUAAAGGCCUACUUGAAGUGCAACCAGCCCAAAGCUGCUGUUGACAUAUGUGUCCAUCUGAAUCAGUGGAACAGAGCAGUGGAACUGGCCCGGACUCACAACAUGAAGGAGAUAAAGCCACUUUUGUCCAAAUAUGCUUUACACCUUCUGGAGAAAAAUAAAAAUUUAGAGGCAGUGGAACUGUACCGUAAAGCCCACCAUUUCUUAGAUGCGGCCAAGCUCAUGUUCAAGAUAGCAGAUGAGGAGGUGAAGAAAAGAACCAGACCUCUACGGGUGAAGAAGCUGUACGUAUUGGCUGCACGUCUUGUGGAAGAUUAUCACGAGCAGGUGAAAACAUCACAGCAGAGCAAAUCCAAAGGAAAGAAGUCUGAGGCAAAGUCCGCACUUGCUGGGCUGCUUGAGGAGGAUGCGUCGUCUCUAGACAAUCGUAUUGUGGAUGACGCCUGGCGUGGAGCUGAGGCUUACCACUUUUUUCUACUGGCUCAGAGACAGCUCUAUGAAGGAUACAUGGAGAACGCCAUGCAAACAGCCAUGCACCUGUGUGAGUACGAAGACAUCAUCCCACCAGUGGAGAUCUACUCUCUGCUCGCCGUAUGUGCGGCAGCAAACCGUGCGUUCAGCACAUGCUCACAGGCCUUCAUCAAGCUGGAGUCCCUGGAGUCCCUGGAGCCUGAACAGCACCAGGCCUACGAAGACCUGGCCCUGGAGAUCUUCACUAAACACUCCCCGAAGGACAGCCGGGUGAUGGAGCGGCCAAGAUCAUCAGGGGGGCCAGAAGGAAAGGUACCCACAUGCAUCGUGACUGGGCUGCCCAUUCAUGAGUACCAGUUCUGGAUGUGCAACGUGUGUAAACACUGUGCUCUGGAGCAGGAAAUCAGCAAAUAUAACUGUUGUCCUUUGUGCCACAGUCCAGUGGCAUGACGCUCUGCCAGGGAUUACCAACCCCUGGUUCGUGGACCCAUAACAGUACGUUAGGUCAUUUGGUAAAGACAAUCCGGUCGGAACCCACCUACUGUACACAAGUCCCUAUGUCAGUCACCUACGCUAACACAGUGGUGACAUCAUAAACCAAGAGAUAAAAAUGUGAGAAGAGAGUGACCAACACCUGGGAGCCAAAAAGUCCUCACGUGUUUCCAAUGUAUAGCGUACAAAACCCUGUACUGCGAAUAGCGCCGCGUGACAACGCAUUCGUCGGCUCUGUGUCGAUUAACUGAUAGUGGCACACUUUAAGAAAAUAUUGAAAUUCAGACUCAUUUGUCUGGCAGCAUUUCUUAAGCUGAUAUUCUGUGUGUGUGUGUGUGUGUGUGUGUGUGUAAACAGGAGUUGUAAUUGACACAGCAGAGUCGGUGACACACUCUGAUAUUAAUGAAGAGGUCAGCAGCGCUGCACAGCCGCACCCAUUCAUCUCAAUACCUACUGACCCUGCACUUACUACAGCCUUGCCCUGCAGCAUGUGUGUCAGGCUGUAGAAGUCCCGCCCUGCCCUCUGCUGCUGCUGCUGCUGCUGCUGCUGCUGCUGUCGCUGUCCGCGCAGGUCUCACCCGGACACCACGUUAGUGCACACUGAGCAGAGCAGCUGCAGGGUCGAGUCUCCACAUGGCUGGGUGAGCUGGUUCUUGAUAAUAUGUUUGUCCAGGGAAUGUUUGAAAAGUGUGCUAACUUUGGGUAUUUUAUGGUUUUUCUGCUUUCUAUGUCAUUUUAUUUUUCAGUUGAAAAUCUCGUUCAUGCCUGUAGAAGUGUGACAUGUCUGACCUGCAAUUUGAAACGCUACAGUCUUUAUUACAGUGGGUAACACAAUACAAGUAAACACUGCUGCCUGUCACAAGCAGCGCAGCCAUAUUGUCUGUCUGUAUAACUACUUCCUCCUGCAGUACAGUUACUUUAUUUGUUAAACAAAAUGCAUAAUAAGAACGUUAAGUUUAUGAGCUCUGACGUGUGUCUUGAAGAUUUUUUUGUUUCUGAUGGGCAGAUUUACCUCUGACAGUAUACCUGUGUACUCGAGGGUCUACACACUUUACAUAGUUUUACAAAGUUUACAACAACCCUAAUCUAGGAGAUAAGCACCAGAAGGUGGGUAAAUAUUUUAAUAUUUGUUUUGUAGAAGAUUUGAUAACAGAUUUGAGGAAUAAACUCAGGGUUUUACUGUGUAAACAACAUUGGAAUCCUUCAAUAAGACACAAAUACUGGCUUUCUAUACAAAUGAAUAUAUAUUUUAGGUUUAACGCAAUUUUAUGUGUUUACAAUCAUAAGCUCCAAUCUACAUACAACACUGCUAUUUAACUCAUAAUUCGGUAUGUAGAAAAUACAUGUUGGCCAUCAACUGUUCUUUAAACAACAACAGAAUUUACUUUUUCGUUUUCUGUGUAUGACCAACAUAACAAAUGACGAUCCUAGAAUAAUGGCUAAUAAAAAGACCAAUUUCUUUUUAAUAGAAUGUUUUAAAUGUUUAUUCCCCAGUUAAAUUACAUCACAUCAAAACCAGACCAGUGACUGAAGCUGAUAUCAGUAAGUCACCUUGGCUUUUCUGGCUGGUCGACAAUUCAAAUGAAGGUGGAACAAAUUGUAACCAUGCGUCCACUUGAGGUUAUGGAUCGCAGAAUUCUAGAUCCAAUGUUAAGCCAGUUGUUUUUGUAUCUAAGUUCCUUUUGUACACUCAUUACAUGAACCAGUUCAGAUUACCUUGUUCGCCUGAGUUUACUUUAUCAAGUAUGCCAAUAUGCAUAUAGGUUAUGCUAUUUGGCUAACAAGUUCUUUUACUAAACAAAUCAUGUGCAG